AUGGAGCGGGUGAACGCGAGCCUGUGCCUGGAGAACCUGCUCAUCAUGCAGGAGAACGAGCGGCUGCGGAGGCAGGCGCAGCAGCUGGACCAGGAGAACAAGGCCCUCCUCGCCGAGCUCAAGCAGCACGAGCAGCAGCAGCACCAGGGCGCCGGCGGCCCUUCCGGUUCCGGCGGCGGCCACUCUCCCGCCGCCGCUGCCGCCAACCUGAAGGCGAAGGCGGCCGGCAAGCAGCCCAAGUGA